AAGAAAUAGAAAAAGCUGCUGUUGUUCAGAAAACAAAUCGUGCAUUCUUUGCUUCUACAAUAAACUUUUAAGAGAGUUUGUUCCUAGUGGAAAUUCAUUGUUACUAAAUAAAAAUCUUGAGGAAGAAAAAAAUACCUUAUAUAUAAUCCACAUUGGGGAUGCAAAUUGUAGAGAAACAGACACCAAAGGAUUUGCAUUUAAUCAAAUCUAAAGCAAGUCAUUUCAGAAGCAUCACUGACAGGUACAGAAGCCUUUCCCAUCAGGACCAGGCUGACCUUUCCAGAGACUAGGAUCCCUUAUCAAGGAGAACACAUUCACCAGAUAUCCUACAUUGCCGUUAAGAAGGAGAUUCACCAGAACCAUCCAGAAUGGAAAAUGUCACAGGAGACUACAGCAAACGCGUGUAUCAAGGCGUGAGAGUGAAGCACACGGUCAAAGACUUACUGGCGGAAAAACGAUCCAGGCAGACAAGUAACUCAAGAUUUAAUAGCAGAGUCAGCAACUCCCCGUCUCCGUUUGCCCAGAUGCCAGGUUCACCGGUAACGUCAGGUUACUAUGGUGUCAGAAGAUCUUUCCUCUCUGACUCGGAUUUCCACAACACGAAACAGUUUGCAAACGACGUCUGCACCUCACCGGCGAAGCCCUUUCCCUGUGAGACCCCCGCAGGGCAGAGCCACCCGGCCCUCCUGGAUUCCUACUUCCCGGAGCCCUACGCAGACCACCGGCCCCCGCCGGGCCUGACCCCCAGCACCAGCUCUCUGUUCAGCGCCUCGCCCCUGCCGCCGCUCCUGCCUCCACCCUUCCCUGGGGACCCCACGCACUUCGUGCUUAGGGACUCAUGGGAGCAAACGGUGCCCGAUGGUCUCAGCCAGGCAGACCCCGUGCCCGCCGAUACCCCGCAGACCUUCCCGCCCAGCACAGGAUGUCUCUCCCAGCUGGAGUCUGGGACCAGCACUCAGCACAGGAGCUCCAGCUGGGGGGCCCCCCUAGCUGGGGCUCAGUCCUACUCCCUGCAUGCCCUAGAGGAUCUGUAUCAUGUGCCGGGGUACCCCACCCCACCCCCGUAUCCCUUCACCCCUUUCAUGACCAUGUCCAAUGAUCUACCGCACAAGGUGGUGCCCCUCGCCCCAGAGGAGGGGGUAGACGCCCCUUCCCUUCAGGACCCCUCUUCGUGGACCAAAGAAGACGGGAGCAUGGCGUGGGGGUCAUAUGAGUGCCGUAGAGCUUACUGAAGGGAGCGCUGAGGACUUCUGCUGGGCUUUUCUCUGAGUGGGGUUCUGUAUUUCACGGACCAUUUGCAGUGUGGUAGCUUAUUCAUUCAGAACCAGAUUCUCAGAACAGGCCAUCAGGCCGCCCUUUGUCAACAGACCACGGGAUUCAUUUGUAAUCCUCCCUACCACAGCCCCAUGAAAUACAACGUAUGUUAAUUCGGGACAUCAGACCGUGUUCUAGUGAGACACCUGAGAGCGAUGCCUUUUUGGAACUUUAGUAACACCUUACAUUCUGAAUUUCUGUUCUCUUUGAACUGUCAUGUUUAGCGCUCGUAGUUUUCUUAAAUUACAUUAAAAAGUUUAUGCAGAUCGUGAAAUACA